GCAUCAUGGCAAGCAUCGAACAUCCUCGAGUCUACCUGGCGGACGCAAUGCGCAAAGUGAAUGCGCUGCUGGACAUAAAUUUAGACGAAGAUGCACCUUCAAUCCAGGCUGCGAAUUGUUCGCUGCUUUUUCAGUCUAGUACAGACACCAACUUCAAUGACAUCACUGCCUUCAAGUCGGCGUUUGCUCGCUCGGCCGAUGAUGCUCGGGUGUAUUCGCAAUUGAACACGUUGCUAGAGAAAGGCCAGGAGUUUGCAAUUAUGCUGUACACCUGGCGAUCAAUUUCUCGCGCGCUCCCCUUUAUUCGUUCCAACGAACAGCCACAUCGAAUGGAGAUUUACAAGAAAACUGUAGAGAUCUUGGAACCGUAUGCUAUAAAACUGAAAGAAUUCAUGUAUUUCCAGGAUGCCGCUAGCUCUCGAUUUGCUGAGGAAGUGAAACGCCUGGCGCAUAAAGAACAAAAGAACUUUUUUGUCAAUCAAGCGUAUUUGGUCACUUUGGGCAAAAUGCUCAAAAUGUUCGCAUUAUUGGAUGAAAUGAAAAAUAUGAAAGCUAGCAUGAAGAAUGACUAUUCCAAUUAUCGGAGAGCAACCCAAUUUUUGCAACAUCACGACCCUAAGGCCAUGGAAGAGUCUCAGAAAGUUAGCAUGUUUUUGGCCAAGCAAAAAAUUAUCCGCGAUACUUUGAAAGAGCGUUUGAAUGCUGUGGAUGGUUACGAAGAUUUAUUAGUGGAGAUAAUUCACAAUAGCGCCCAAAUGUAUGAGAAUAAGGGGUAUGUACUACCCGAAGAGAAGCAUACGCAUGUCAUUGUGAUCGCUUUUUCCCUGUAUCUGUUAGACUCAACUCGUACUGUAGAUGGCAAACAAGUUGGCGUAAAUCUCAACAAACUUGGAAAACGCCUAAUUUUGUCUAAAUUGGAUCGAAUCCUUAAGGAGUGCGAGGUGGUCAACCUGUUUGGUGAUAUGAGUGUCGAACCCUUCUCCUAUGUCCGACAGACGGCAUCUUUCGACCCUUCCAAAUGGCCCGAAUGUCAGAGCUCUCGUUUGUCAAAUCAGGGAGCACUUCUUACGCACAUGCCGCGCUUCUGUGAGGAAUACACUUCUCUCACUUCGGACUUGGCUUGGCACACUAACUUGACCUCCACCCGAAUAAGCGAACGCUCAUCGAAAGAAAACCGUGAGUUAUAUGAACUGGCACUUCGCGGACUGCAAUAUUUAUCGGGUUGGUCUGUUCAGGUGCUGGAUACGUUUACUUGGAAAUUGGCACAUUGUGCGUCCCAUGAAACGAAUCGUCAGUGUCCUCGAGAUGCAGAAAGUUACGAAAAGGCAACCAAAUAUAACUACAACUCAGAAGAGCGCUUCGCUAUGAUUGAAGUUAUCAGUAUGAUCAAGUCCGUGCAGACACAGCUUUUGCGUUUGGAGGCCUAUUACUCUGAGGCGAUUGGACGUUCUGUUUAUCGUGAUCUGCAGACCAUCGUCGUUGGUCAGUUGGGCGGUCUGUUAGCAAAAGCCCUGAGGAAGAAAGAUCGUAUCAAUUUGGUUCGUUUGAUUUACGCGAUUCAGGCCACAUGUGCCGACCAGGUUUGUUUUGCGGGAAGUUCCCGAUUUGCUUUACAUUGGGUGAACCAUGUCGUUGAUUUCGACUGGAACUUUUCACUCUGUUAA